AUGGAUUUAACCAAGCAACACUCUGAACCUCUAGCCAAGGGUGUAUGGGCGACGGCACGCCAGUCAUGGAACGACCUAUUCCACUGGAGACAGCGUGUCGUCGUGACCAAUGCCGACGGAGAGACGACCACCCAGUUGGUGGCCCCGCCACCACUGCGCAACCCGAUCAGUCUUCUGGCCCAGCUCUCACCCCGUGACUGGCUCUUCUUCAUUGUUGGGUUCUGUGCCUGGACAGCCGAUGCUUUCGACUUUCACGCCUUAUCGAUUCAGCAGGUCAAACUGGCAAAGUACUAUGGCAGGACGAAGACGGAGAUCUCCACAGCUAUCACCCUGACUCUUUUGUUGAGAUCUGUUGGCGCCGCUAUGUUCGGCCUGGCUGGAGACAGAUGGGGUCGGAAGUGGCCUAUGGUGUUCAACAUGAUUGUCCUUGGUGUUCUGCAGAUUGCCACAAUCUAUAGCAAAACAUUUUCCCGGUUCCUGGCUGUGAGGGCCCUAUUUGGGCUGUUUAUGGGUGGAGUAUACGGCAAUGCAGUCGCCAUGUCCCUCGAAAAUUGCCCUAAGGAUGCUCGCGGUCUCAUGUCAGGCAUUCUUCAGCAAGGGUACUCUGUGGGUUAUGUUUGUGCUGCCUCGGCAAACCUCGGUGUGGGUGGUGGGGAUGAGAGCUGGACGACUGUGUUUUGGAUCGCAGCUGGUAUUUCAAUCGGCGUUGGCAUUAUCCGAUGCUUCUUCCCCGAGUCUAAGCAGUUCCUUGAGGCCCGCAAAGCCGGGAAGACUGCCGUUCCGGCCUCCGCUUUUUGGAGGGAAACCAAGCAAAUGCUUGCCCAAGAGUGGAAGCUCUGUCUGUAUAGUAUUUUCCUUUUGACAUGGUUCAACUUCUACAGCCAUACUUCCCAGGACAGUUACACGACUUUCAUGUUGACCCAGAAGGAGCUUGACAACUCUAAGGCCAGCCGCGCCAGUAUCAUCAUGAAGGUUGGUGCCUGUGUUGGUGGGUCUAUUCUCGGCUACAUCUCCCAGUGGCUCGGUCGCCGCCGUACGAUCAUAUUGGCAGCUCUGAUGAGCGGCUUGCUGAUCCCAGCCUGGAUUCUUCCUGAAGGCUGGGGCCCUCUCUCUGCGACCGGCUUCCUUCUCCAGUUUUUCGUCCAGGGUGCUUGGGGCGUCAUCCCCAUCCACCUGAACGAGCUUUCUCCUCCUGCCUUCCGUUCAUCCUUCCCUGGCAUCACCUAUCAACUUGGCAACAUGAUCUCUUCGCCUUCGGCUCAGAUUGUCAACGCCAUCGCCGAAAGCCACUCAGUCACUAGCCGUUCGGGGAAGAAGGUUGAUGCCUACGGUCCUACAAUGGGAAUCGCAACGGCGAUCAUUGCCACUGGCAUUAUGAUUACCACUGCAUUUGGGCCUGAGAAGCACAGUCGUGAGUUUGAGAAGGCAUUGCCAGCCGGCAUGAACAUCUUACACCAGGAGCAGCAGGAGAGAAAGCCGGCAGACUUGGAAAUGGGAGCCCUUGAUGAUGUCAAGGGCGAUGCAGGAGCAGAAGGGGUUCAUGUUAGUCAUUCAGAAGAGAAAUGA